AUGCAGAAGCUGGCCAUGCAGCCGUUGGAGGCGAGUUGGACGCCCAACUUUCGUCCGGCGCUUCCCAUCACCUCCAUCUGUCUAGCAUGGCUCUUCCUGCUGUGUCUCACGCUACCCGCCCGCGGAGGUGCAUGGCGCAUGGUUCGACUCGCCUCUUUCCCGGCUAUCGUGCUGCUGUCGCUGCAGCUGGUGCUGGACCGACGCAUGACACUCGGCAAUCCACUGCGCGAUCUCGCGCUGCCCAUCCUAGCAUGGACGAUCAUCUGCAAAGCCGCCGAGAUCUGCAUCGUGUUUGCCGCCGGUGGACCACGACCCAUUCGACCGUUCCACAAGGGCAAGCUGGUAACCUGCAUGGGUGAAGACUAUGCGGGGUACGAAUGGAAGAUCGUCGAUGCGCCCAAAAUGGCCUCGUGGGCUCGCGUCGUGUAUGCCCUGGAUGUGUUUCUGCUGCGUCGGGUGGGGACGAGUGCCAUCCGCCCGCGCGAGGGCCGAGCGCUCGAGUGGUCGCUGCGCGGUCUGAACGACUGGGCCCGCUUCCUGCGACAGAACCGCUGCAGCCCCGCGCAGAUUCCUGCCCACUCGACCGUGCGUCGCUUCGGCCAGCCUGAAAUGGCCUCGUACGCUGCCGUGCUGCAGAUGCUCUUUGCCGUCGUCUCGCUGCGCUGGAUCCACGCACUCUCCACCCCCUGCCAAGUGCUGGAUGUCUACGGGUUCUGGAUUCCCAGCUCACCCGCAUCGCGCAGCUGGAUCUCGCUCCUCCCAGCUACCGCCGUCAAGCAGGUUCGAAUCAGCGGCAUCCCGGCGUCUGCAUGGAAGCUACCGCUACCCACAUUGCUAUCCGUGGUGGUGACGGUGGGAGGCGCUAUUUGCCUGCUGCCUUCGGCGGCGGAAGGGCUUUUGCUGUUGGUGUGGAAGCCACGGCCGGCCACAUCCUUUCUCGCCUCGUUCGAACGACCGCUGACGUCGCCAGGACUCGCACGGCUGUGGGCACGCAGCUGGCACGCUACGUCGCAGCGAGACUAUCUCGCCAUGGCAUCUCUGCUCCCCGGAUCGCGCCAACGCACCCUCCAGCUGCUCUAUGUCUUCUUCUGGUCCGGUGUCCAACAUUCAAUGAUGUUUGCUCGACUGCGGAUACCUUCUGGCACGCCGCUGACAGCACGUGCGGUGCUGGCAGGCAUGGUGGACCCGGGCAUGGUCGGCUUCUUCCUGUGCCAGGCCGUGGGGAUUUUGAUCGAGACGGCGGCGCUGGAGGCUCUGCCCGCCACGUGGCGCAAACAGCGCCUGCUCGUCUCGCUCGCCCGCCGCGCAUGGAUGUACGCCGUGCUGCUCUUGCCCGGCUGCAUGUUCGUCCACAGCAUCCUCCAGCACCGCCUCAUCACUUGCGCCGUCCUCGAAGGCUUCUCGCCACGCGCACUCGCACUCAUGCUCCAGGGCAAGGCAUAUUAA